AGCUGAGUGCCGAAUGACAACAGCAGUGGCUCCCUGACAGCCAGAAACCAUUUUUCCACGUAAAGCACGAGCUGCUCAUGUGCACAUCAAGGGAUGUCGAAUUUGGACUGCAACCAGGCUAUGUGACGUGCCAUUACUCCCAAGUGAUUUCACUGCAGCCCCAUGGAAGAAGGAUCUCGGUGUCACAGCCCUGCAUGGGGUAUAAUCCCAAGUACAGCCUAAACCACUGCAAUCAACUAGAGGCUCCAGCAUCUCACCACAACACAGAAUGACGGAGCACGAGGACUUUGCAAGCUUGGCUGCGUACUGGAACUCAUCCGACAGUUACCAGUUCAGCCCUGCCAGUGUCAUUGUCCCUGUGGUCUUCUCCCUCAUCUUCCUCCUGGGCACAGUGGGCAACAGCCUGGUGCUGGCAGUGCUGCUGCGCAACGGGCAAAUGGGCCACAACACUACCAACCUCUUCAUUCUCAACCUCAGCCUGGCUGACUUCUUCUUCAUUGUCUUCUGCGUGCCUUUCCAGGCCACCAUCUACUCCCUUGAGGGAUGGGUCUUUGGCUCCUUCAUCUGCAAGGUUGUCCACUUCUUCAUCUACCUCACCAUGUAUGCUAGCAGCUUUACUCUGGCUGCCGUCUCUGUGGACAGGUAUCUGGCCAUCCGCUAUCCGCUGCGCUCCCGGGAGCUGCGAACCCCCCACAACGCAGUGGCUGCCAUGGCUGUGAUCUGGGGCCUCUCUGUGGUCUUUGCUGGGCCCUACCUAAGCUACUAUGACCUGAUGGAGUGGGAGUCCAGCUACAUCUGCAUGCCUGGCUGGGAGGAGUGGAGACGCAAGGUCAUGGACACCAGCACAUUUGCCUUUGGCUAUGUCAUCCCAGUGCUGGUCAUCAGCCUCUCCUACACCAGGACCAUCAAGUACCUAUGGACAGCAGUGGACCCACUGGAGGACAUAUCAGAAUCCAAGAAGGCCAAGCGGAAGGUAACCAAGAUGAUCAUCAUUGUAACCAUCCUUUUCUGCCUCUGCUGGCUGCCCUACCACGUAGUCAUCCUCCGAUACCUCUACGGAGACUUCCCCUUCAAUCAGGCCACCUAUGCCUUCCGCCUGCUGUCCCACUGCAUGGCCUAUGCCAACUCCUGCCUCAACCCCAUUGUCUACGCCCUGGUCUCCAAGCACUUCCGUAAGGGCUUCAAAAAAGUUUUCAGCUGUCUCUUGAGGAAAAAGCACCGCAACAAGGUGCAUGUGGUGCACGCUGCCCACAUUGUGCCUGGAUUUGAGGCAGGCUCCACUGAAGUGUCCCAGAUGCAUGAGGAGAAUAACGGGUGUGAGCUGAAACCAGCCUCCAUGGCAGUCCCCUCCAGUUCCUCCAAGCCCCUUCAUAUUUCUUAGUGGCCAAGCUCUGCACCAUCUGCCAGCUUGGCUGUGUCACCAGCUUCAGGCCACCCUUUCCCACUGGGUGAGAGAGGAUGAUGGAAAGGCAAGCCAGAACUGGUAUAUACUGCUUGUGGCCUUGCCGUUGCUUCCCAUUCCAUGCAACAACUGAUUUCCUGAGCCAUGUCCCCACAACAUGCUGCAUGCAAGUGAAGGAAUAGACACAGACUUGCUCCUGAUCCUCAGACCACCUAGACUCCAAGGACUUAAGCUCCAGCUCCUCUGUUGGCUCUCAUCCUUCCAACUCCUCUGCUCCAUGGCUUCACUAUUCUGGACACACUGGUUAGUUGUCAAAGAAUCUCUUCUGCCUCUCAGUGCCCCAUCUGGCCAGACUGACGCCCACAGUAGGAAUGGCAAGGGAGACGGGCAGUGCCAGGCAAGCAAAGGUGGCAUGGAAAGCGGCUGGC